GCUUAGCGCUAGGUCUAGCGCCUUUUCGAUUUCGUCGGCGCCGAAAGUUCAGAGUGUGGCGCGCAGCGCCCAUUUUGUGGCAGUCUAGGGCGUUUUGGUAUUGACAAACUUCAUUGAAAUAUUACUGAUAUUCAAGGAUUUCACGGACCUCCAAGCGCUUGUGCGAGACCGAUUUGGCGCCUUCUCGUUGGAGAGCUGUCAACACUGUACAUGCGUCGUUGCUUAAUUUUGCGACACGUCAUUCAUACAUUCGUCGUCACUCGGCAGUUUCGAAAGCUUUCACUGGCGGCUGCUUAUUACAAGCUACAAUCUUAUUUCAAUACUCAAGUAUAAUCUCUAAGAAAUCUGUGAAUAUAACCUCAGAGUAAUUUGUGCAACUGAGAAAAAAGUACACGCGGAAUAUUGUCUCCUGAGAUAAUAUUUAUUUAAAAACAUGAACAUGGGAGAGGAAGACGAAUACGCGUGUGUGAACAGGAGCCGGCUGGUAAUCAAAGAUGAUUCUGGAAUCAAGAACAAGAAAAAAAGGAAGGCUGACAAGGCCACUGAAAAAGUAAUUGAGAUGGAAGUAAAGCAGCCCAUUAAAGAACACACUCCUGAACAAAGGCGGACCAAGGCUGAACUCUCGUUCAAAAAGAUGCAGGAGAAGAUGCAAAAACAAAGGACACAACGAAAAGCUGAGAGGACUCACAAACAGCGUGUGGAAAAAUUCAACCAACAUUUGGACAGUCUGACUGAGCACUUUGACAUUCCCAAAGUCUCCUGGACUAAAUGAGUGCAUUACAUUUACAGUGUAGAAAAAUGGAUUUUACUUCAUGAGACAUUAAUUGUUCUCUAUAAGCCAUUGUAGUGUUGCACUGUACGAUAAUUUUUUUCAAUUGUGUGAGCCUGAGCUUAGAUGGCGUAAUCUCUCCACUCCAUUGCAAGAAUCGAACCGCCGGUGCAGAUUGGCGACAUUAACCUUUGAUCUCAUUCUAUUUUUGUAAAAGGAUCCAAAAAGUAAUGUGUUAAAAUUGUAUGUAAACUUUCUGUCAUUUUUUGUAUACUUGUCUUCUUAGGUUAGCUUUGUCGUCAUUUAUGUUUAAUAAACAUACAAAUUGACAAUGUCAAUGUUAUGUAUGUACCUACAAUGAUUUGUGAAAUUUACUC